UAGUUUGUUUGUAUUUUGGAAGCAUUUCUUAUAGCUGGGGCUGACCUUGAACUUCUGAUCCUUCUGUCUUCACCUCCCAAGUUCUGGAAUAACAGAUGUGCACAACUAUGUCUGGUUUUGGUUGUGCUGUGGAUUCAAGGCAGGGAUGCAUGCUAAGCUAGAAUUCUACCAACUGAAGCACAUCCCCAGCCAAAAUCCUUCGCUUCGGGCUGAAGACUUGAUGAGUCAGUGGUUAAGAGACCUCACUGUUCUUUUAGAGGACUAGAAUUUGGUUCCCCGCACCAACAGGUGACUCAGAACUGUUUGUAAUUCCAGCUCCAGAGAAUCUAAUGCCCUCUUCUGAUCUCUGUGACAUGCUUGUGUUCCUGUGCGCGCUUGUGUGCGCACUCUCCCACCCCCCAACGUAUGUAUAUAUCGUAUUGUGCAUGUACACGCAUAAAUACAAAAUCUUAAAAAAAACAAAACAAAACAAAAAACCACAAGAAAACUUGUGGGCUAGGGUGGUAGCACAUUUGCCUAGCAUUUUGGAAGUAUGGAGUAAGCUAAGCCCAUUGUCCCAGAGAGGUCUCAGUUUCUCCUUGCUCCAAGCCUGAGGACACAGCCAACUCCUUGAUGGGUUCCCAUUGGUUCUCCAGGAUACCCAAACCACACUCAUGAGUCUUAGAGUGAUCAUCCUCAGAGAGUGGGGGGGGGUGAUGACUCAGUCCAGAGCCCCCAGGUCCAGCCAGAACCUGAUUUUCCAGUUGCCACAUGAUAGUGGAGCUGGGAGCAAUGCCUGUAAUUCCAGUCUUCAGGCAGGAGGAUCACGAGUUUGCAGUCAGCCUGUGCUACAGAAUGAGAUCCUCCUUGAGGAGCUGGAAGCAUCCCUGGAAGGAGAAGACUCAAGCCUGGAGUUUAUUUAGACCUUGUUCCUUGUAUUCCUGGAUUCAGCAUCCUUGAUCUUGACAGCCCCUCACCUUGGCAGCUAACCUAAGCUAGUCAUUCUAGUUCAUCCCCUUACUUCUGGGAGGGACAUUAAGAAGUAAGCACUCAAUAUCCACUGCUGGCAGAGAAAGCCAUCAGGUAGAGGGGACAUCCAGGGGAUCUUUAGCAGGGCUUUUCUGCUGCCUCCCUUGGCAUCCUCCUUCUGUUGGCCUAAUUGUGUGAUCACAAGUGUGAGCCAUAGGCCCGACUCCAGGAUGCAGUGGUGGGGGUCAGUGAAGGGAAUGCAGUGUGCCUCUAUCUCCAGGUACCAUCCCUGUGUCAUCUCUGGCUGGUACUGGGGAUAACUUCAGUGGUGACAGGGAAUUUAGCUCACCAGUGAGCCCCUGUCUCUGGCACCAGGCACAGGGAGGAGCAGAAACCUUGAGGACCUAGCUGACUUUCCUUUCCAAAGGUUUGGAACAACCGUAUCAGGCAAGAGAAGGGCUCAGGGCUGGGAACUGUUAGGGAUGGAAAUGUUGACAAACCCUGUGUAUUGCCAGGACAACUUUUAUUUCUGUACUGCCACACCCAGGCCUGGCCAGCACCUUCUACAACAGACUGAAGGGAGGGAUUGGUUUCAAGGGAAAGCAAAGUCCCAGGCCAGGGGUCUCUCCCCAAAACUCUGAUCAAAGGUUUUGCCUCCUUCUCUUGCAUUUUUCAUUCCCAGACUGUUGUCAGCAGGAAUGAUUGUCUCCACUUUGCAGAUGGGGAACUCAAGGUUCAGAGAGGAAGUGACUGUCCAGACUCUAGGAUAGCUUGCCAGGAGCCUGCAGUAUACUAGCCUGGGACCCAAGGCCUGCAGUCUCCCAGCUGCUGCAUUCCACAGAACAGAGCCUGGAGCAAGCUGAGGGAGGACCAGGACAAGAACUGUAUGAACUUGCCUCCAGACAAGGUCCAGCUGCUGAGCCAGUAUGACAAUGAGAAGAAAUGGGAACUCAUCUGUGACCAGGAGCGGUUUCAAGUCAAGAAUCCCCCUGCAGCCUACAUUCAGAAGCUGAAGAGCUACCUGGAUACUGGUGGGGUCAGCCGAAAGUUUAAGAGGCGAGUUCAGGAGUCUACACAGGUGCUACGGGAGCUGGAGACUUCCCUGAGGACAAACCACAUCGGGUGGGUGCAGGAGUUCCUCAAUGAAGAGAACCGUGGUCUGGAUGUCCUGCUGGAGUACCUGGCCUUUGCCCAAUGCUCUGUGGCGUAUGACAUGGAGAGCACAGACAAUGUGGCCGCUAGUGCAGAGAAGAGCAAGCCUCUGGAACAGUCUGUGGAAGACCUCACCAAGGCACCACCCUCAUCUGUGCCCAAAAGUCGCCUGACCAUCAAGUGCCCCCCUUCUCCCCGGCUGACACCAGCCCACAGCAGGAAGACCCUGAGGAAUUCCCGAAUCGUCAGCCAAAAGGAUGACGUCCACGUGUGCAUCAUGUGUCUGCGGGCCAUCAUGAACUACCAGUCUGGCUUCAGCCUUGUUAUGAACCACCCAGCCUGUGUCAAUGAGAUCGCUCUAAGCCUUAACAACAAGAACCCCAGAACCAAGGCUCUGGUGCUGGAGCUGCUGGCAGCUGUGUGCCUGGUGCGGGGAGGACAUGACAUCAUUCUUGCAGCUUUUGACAACUUUAAGGAGGUGUGUGGGGAGCAGCACCGCUUUGAAAAGCUGAUGGAGUAUUUCCGGAAUGAAGACAGCAACAUUGACUUCAUGGUGGCUUGCAUGCAAUUCAUCAACAUUGUGGUACACUCAGUGGAGAACAUGAACUUCCGUGUCUUCUUGCAAUAUGAAUUCACUCACCUGGGUCUGGACCUGUACUUGGAGAGGCUCCGGCUGACAGAGAGUGACAAGCUGCAGGUGCAGAUCCAGGCGUACCUGGACAACGUUUUUGAUGUGGGAGCCCUGCUGGAGGACACAGAGACUAAGAAUGCAGUGCUGGAGCACAUGGAGGAGCUGCAGGAGCAAGUAGCACUGCUGACAGAGAGGCUUCGGGACGCAGAGAACGACUCCAUGGCCAAGAUCGCUGAACUGGAGAAGCAGCUGAGCCAGGCCCGCAAGGAAUUGGAGACCCUGAGGGAGCGUUUCAGCGAGUCGACCCCCAUGGGCACGGCCAGACGAAUCCCUGAGCCUGAGAAAGUGCCGGCCCCCACCAUGGUGCGACCCUCAGCUCUAGAGCUAAAAGUGGAGGAGCUUGAGGAAAAGGGGUUAAUCCGAAUCCUGCGGGGGCCCGGGGAUGUUGUCUCCAUCGAGAUCCUCCCAGGAGCGGUGGCGACACCAAGUGGCGACAAUGCAGCAACUCCGGGGGUACCCACAGACUCUCCUAGCCCAGGUGAGCAGUUGCUUCAUGCUUGGGGAGAGACCAGGGCAGUGAAGGUAUCUCGGGGAUAUACCUGGCUACCGCCGCCCCCACCACCUCCGGGAGGGCCCCCUGAUAUCCCUGGAGAACAAGGCCCAGAGAUAGGCCCUGGGGUGAAGGCCAAGAAACCCAUCCAGACCAAAUUCCGGAUGCCAUUGCUGAACUGGGUGGCACUGAAACCCAGUCAGAUCACAGGCACUGUCUUCACUGAGCUCAACGAUGAGAAAGUGUUACAGGAGCUAGAUAUGAAUGACUUUGAGGAACAGUUCAAGACCAAAUCUCAAGGCCCCAGCCUGGACCUCAGCACCCUGAAGGGGAAGGCGGCUCAUAAAGCUCCCACCAAGGCAACACUCAUUGAGGCCAACCGGGCCAAGAAUUUGGCCAUCACCCUGCGCAAGGGCAACCUAGGGGCAGACAGAAUCUGCCAGGCCAUUGAGACCUAUGACCUACAGACUCUGAGCCUGGAUUUCUUGGAGCUGUUGACCCGUUUCCAGCCCACAGAGUACGAGCGUAGCCUGAUAGCCCGCUUUGAGAAGGAACGGCGGCCGAUGGAGGAGCUGUCAGAGGAGGACCGGUUCAUGCUGCGCCUCAGUCGCAUCCAGAGACUGCCCGAGCGCAUGAACACCCUCACCUUCCUGGGCAACUUUCCAGACACGGCUCAGCUGCUCAUGCCGCAACUGAACGCCAUCAUCGCAGCCUCAAUGUCCAUCAAGUCCUCUGACAAGCUGCGCCAGAUCCUGGAGAUUGUCCUGGCUUUUGGCAACUACAUGAACAGCAGUAAGCGCGGGGCAGCCUAUGGUUUCCGACUUCAGAGUCUGGAUGCGUUGUUGGAGAUGAAGUCGACCGACCGAAAACAGACAUUAUUGCACUACUUGGUGAAGGUCAUUGCUGAGAAGUACCCUCAGCUCACGGGCUUUCAUAGUGACCUGCACUUCUUGGACAAGGCAGGCUCAGUGUCCCUGGAUAGUGUCUUGGGGGAUGUGCGCUCCCUGCAGCGAGGCCUGGAGUUGACACAGCGAGAGUUUGUGCGGCAGGAUGACUGCGUGGUGCUCAAGGAGUUCCUGAGGGCCAACUCUCCUACCAUGGACAAGCUGCUGGCAGACAGCAAGACAGCUCAGGAGGCCUACGAGUCGGUAGUCGAGUACUUUGGAGAAAAUCCCAAGACCACGUCCCCCUCCGUGUUUUUUCCCCUCUUUAGCCGCUUCACCAAGGCCUACAAGAAAGCAGAGCAAGAGGUGGAGCAGUGGAAGAAGGAAGCAGCUGUGGACACUUCCGGCAGAGAAGAGCCUCCGGCACCCAAGUCUCCACCCAAGGCCAGGCGACAACAGAUGGACCUCAUCUCUGAGCUGAAACGGAAGCAGCAGAAAGAGCCACUCAUCUACGAGAGUGACAGAGAUGGGGCCAUCGAAGACAUUAUCACAGAUCUUCGGAACCAGCCCUAUAUCCGCACAGACACAGGACGCCGAAGUGCUCGCCGGCGACUCCCGGGACCCCCACUGCAGGUCACUACUGACCUCUCGCUGUAGCCACUGUGUCUGCUGGUGGAUUCUGUA